GGUGGGGUAAGCGGGGACAGCAAGCAUGGAGCCUCCAGCGCAUGUUACCGCAGCGGGCAUCGUAACUGUUGUUGAGGGCGCAGCGGAUGCUGAGCAAGACAGCCAAGUGACAACAACGCAUAAGAAUGACGGGCAAGCGGACAAUGAUGAUGACGACGAUGACGAUGGUGGGGAUGACGAUGACGAUGCCAAGGAUGCCUACUUCGAGGCGCGCAAUGGCAAUGAAAGCGAUGAGCUGGAAACGGCAUUCCAAAGUGCGUUGACAUUGGCCAGUGACGUCAGAGUGAAUGUUAGCGAUGCAGAUGCAGAUGCCGAGCACGAUGAGAGCCAUAGACGCACAGAGCAGCAGCCGGAUAUUGGACAGGUGCUGCAGCCAGAACCGGAUGCCAGCGACGAUGUUGUGAUGCGCAACCACACUCCAAGAGACUUGCAACAUGAGACAAACAACGAAAUUAGCCAGCUGGGAGCAGCGGCCGGCUCAACGGCUGCCAGCGACUCGUCACGACCACCAAAUCAACAUCAGGCGCUGCUCACGACCAAGUCCUGCGAGAUGCCCGGCAGCACGGCAUUGGCAUCGGCAUCGGCAUCGGCGGCGACUCUAUCGCCGAGUAGCUCGUGCAACGGCAGCAUUGGCAGCGAGGGCAGCUGUAGUGUUGGCGGCGGUGCACGUCGCAAGUCCUGGACGCUGUCGCCCCAAAACGGUGGCUCCAAGAAGCGAACCAAACCAAGUUCGGCAGCCACAACAACGGCAUCCAAUGGUGAUAGCUUCAAUUUGUGGGUGGCGCGCGAAUGCUUUGAGACGGUACCCGCCGAAAUGGUGGACACACUGAGUGUUUCCGAACUUCAGGAGCAACAGGAGGAGGAGGAGCAGCACCAGCACCAACAGGAGGAGGAGGAGGAUGAUGAUGAUGUCGACGAAGAGGCGGCUGCCGUCGAGAGUCUGCUGGGCGCGGCAGCGGCUCUGCAGGCCAGCGCCUAUUUGGGCGGCGGUGCGCAGGUUCGUCAAAAGCAUCUGCGACAGCCUGCACAGCAUCGUCCGCUAGAGCGCUCGUGGCCGCCACGCGCCAUUGGACGCGAGCUAAAGCUUCAGGGUGAUGUCUUCAAAUUUGAUAUACUCGAUACGGAUGAGCGUAUGCACCCGGAGGAUGGGCCAAGUUACAGCGGUGCCAGCAGUAACAACAGCUCGCCGCUGCGCCUGCUCGGUCAGCCGCCGGAGGCCAGUCCGCCGCCCAUGCGCUUUAAGCCGCUCAUCCAGAAAAAGAUUGGACCCGACAGCUACAUCAAUACGAUCAGCACUCAGAAGGUGCCCGCCCAUUUAACGUAUGAGUUUCCCACGUUCCCCCUCCAGGAGCAGCACAACAGCAUGGCCAGCACCAGCUCUGGCGCUAGCUGCAGCUCUGCUGUUGCCGCCGCCAAUGGCCUGGGGGGCCAUCACUUUCCCUAUCUGCGACAGCAUCGACCCCUGACGCGUGCCCUGUCCAAUGGCAAGGGCGCCGGCGCCGGCACGGCCACGGAUGAACCCUAUCAUCUGCCUGGCAGCAGCAGCAGCAGCAAUUCGCCACGGCUGCUGCUUUCGCCCAAGCGUCAGCGCAGUCCACCCUCGGGCUGUUCCACGCGCAGCGUCUCUCCGCUGGAUCUCAGCCUCAGUCCCGAGCAACACUCGCCCACACGCGGACGCGGCGUCGGUGGCCUGGAGUCAAUUCUGCCGCUGCCCAUGGCGCCGCCGUCCACUUUCCAUGCGCAACGCCCUCAGCAGCGACUGUUAAAGCGCGUGGGCGGCGGCGGAGGAGCUGCCGCUGCAGCUGCUGGUGGGCUCAUCUGUCCGCCCACGCCCACACAUCAUGCGCGCCGGCAUGCGCGUCUGCAGGCCGUCACUGCCAAUUCCAGCACUGCCGGCACAGUGGAGCCGAACUCUAGUCAAAUGGAUUAUAACCAACUGCAGACACCGCCUGGCUCACCAGCUGGCGCGCGGUCAGCGGAUGCGGAUGCGGAUGACAACAAUGACAUGUUGCACAUAAGCAGCACACGUCUGCCCUCCAUUCCGGAACGCAGUGCAGCAGCGGCGGCGGCGGCAGCGGCAGCGGCAUCAGCUGCCGCAAGCGCUGGCGCGGGCGCGGGAGCUGGCAUCAUGGAGAGCGCCAGCGGCACGGAUCCGCCUUUGCCGCCCGCAUGGGAGGCACGCAUGGACAGUCAUGGGCGCAUAUUCUAUAUUGAUCAUACGACUCGCACCACAUCCUGGCAGCGUCCUGGUCCCAGCACAGGUCCCGGCGGUCGCGAGCAGCACCAUCGCCAGCAGCUGGAUAGACGCUAUCAGUCCAUACGGCGCACCAUCACCAACGAGAAUCGCCUCUCGCUGCACGCCGCCGACCCGUCCACUGGCCAUGGUCCCAGUCAGCUGUAUAGUCUUCCUCGCCAGACAACUGCAACGGCGUCGUCCACAACUGUUGCCGCUGGCGCUGCUGGCGUUGGGACUGCGACUGGGGCUGGGACUGGGACUGGGGCAGCUGUGGCGCCCGGCUCGCUUAAUCUGGCCAUACAUCCGGCGGUGCUGAUGCUUUGCCGUCCCGACUUUUACUCUCUGCUGCACACGAACGAGGCGGCGUUGGCCAUAUACAAUCGGAACGCGGCGCUCAAGCAUAUGGUAAUGCGUAUUCGUCGCGAUCCGCAGUGCUUCCAGCGCUAUCAAUACAACAAGGAUCUGGUGGCGCUUGUCAACACAUUUGCCCAGCUGAGCCGCGAGCUGCCCUCCUGUUGGGAGACCAAAAUGGAUCAGUCCGGCAAACAGUUCUUCAUCGAUCACCAGCAUCGCAAGACGUCCUUUAUGGAUCCUCGCCUGCCGCUCGAAUGUCCACGCGUUGUGCGUCAUCGCCAGCAGCAGCAGCAGCACCACCACCACCACCACCAUCAACAACAAUAUUUGCAACAGCCGCAACCGGAUCUGGUUGAUGGCAAUUGCCUGUCGGCCACCAGCGGCCACAUCAACUCCAGCAGCUCCGGCAGUUCCGGCAGUUCUGGUGCAACGGUCUCGGGCGUACCGCCGCUGCCGCCACCCCGACCAUGUCGGAACAGUCUUAAUCAAGCUGCAGCCGCCGCCGCCGCCGCCGCUGCAUCCACACACAACUGCACUACGGCGGCGGCCAUUGCCUGCGCGCUGAGCCUGAGCGGCGCCGUCGGCGGCCCCAGCAGCAGCGGAGCCACUGCAUCCGGUCCAGAGGAUGUGCCGAUAGCUUACAAUGAAAAGGUAAUCGCUUUUCUGCGUCAACCCAACAUCUUGGAGAUACUGCGCGAACGGCAGGGCCAGCAUACGGUGUCCCGAUCGCUGCGCGAAAAAAUAAACAUUCUGAGAGUUGAGGGCGUGCCCGCCCUGGAGCGUCUGGGCCACGAUUUGCAAUUGACAAUAUUGCUUAGCCUCUUCGAGCAGGAGAUCAUGAGCUAUGUUCCGAUUGAGGAGCGCAGUCCACAGGGCUCGCCGGUGCUCAGCUCCCGGAUGCCGCAACGGGCGCCGCCGCCAUUCCGUCGCGACUUUGAGGCCAAGCUGCGCAGCUUCUACCGUAAGCUGGAGUCCAAGGGCUACGGCCAGGGGCCACACAAACUGAAAUUGCACAUCCGACGCAGCCAUCUGCUGGAGGACGCAUUCCGUCGUAUAAUGUCCGCCAACAAGAAGGAUCUGCAGCGCGGCCGGCUGGCCGUGCUGUGGGACACAGAGGAGGGCCUCGACUAUGGCGGGCCGUCGCGCGAAUUCUUCUUUCUGCUGUCCCGUGAACUGUUCAAUCCCUACUACGGCUUGUUCGAGUACUCCGCCAACGAUACGUACACCGUGCAGGUGUCGCCGUUGUCGGCCUUUGUGGACAACUGCCACGACUGGUUCCGGUUUAGCGGGCGCGUCCUGGGCCUCGCACUGGUCCAUCAAUAUCUGCUGGACGCGUUCUUCACGCGUCCCUUCUACAAGGCGCUGCUGCGUCUGCCGGUCGCCCUCAGCGAUCUGGAGUCGCUGGACAACGAGUUCCAUCAGUCGCUGCAGUGGAUACGGGACAAUGAUAUUGGCACUGGCAUUGAUCUGGGGCUGACCUUCUGCGUUACCGAGGAGCUGCUGGGGCGCGUUGUUGAGCGCGAACUGAAGCCGGGCGGCAAGAAUCUCAUUGUGAAUGAGAAGAACAAGAAGGAGUAUCUGGAGCGAAUGAUCAAAUGGCGCUUGGAGCGCGGCGUCCAGGAGCAAACGGAGUCGCUGGUGCGCGGCUUCUACGAGGUGGUUGACUCGCGGCUGGUCUCCGUCUUUGAUGCACGCGAACUGGAGCUGGUUAUAGCCGGCACCGCCGAGAUCGAUACCAACGAUUGGCGCCUAAACACCGAAUACCGUUCCGGCUACCAUGACAACCAUCAGGUGAUCAUCUGGUUCUGGCAGGUGAUCGAGCGCUUCAGCAAUGAGCAGCGGCUGCGCCUGCUGCAGUUCGUCACGGGCACAUCCAGCAUACCGUACGAGGGCUUCUCGGCGCUGCGCGGCUCCACCGGACCGCGCCGCUUCUGCAUCGAGAAAUGGGGCAAGCCGAACGCUCUGCCCCGCGCCCACACCUGCUUCAAUCGGCUCGACCUGCCGCCCUAUCCCACGCCCGAGCUGCUCUACGAGAAGCUGCUGCUGGCCGUCGAGGAAACCAAUACCUUUGGCAUCGAGUGAAUCCGCCAGACACUAAUUGCCAUGUCGAGGAUGAUUGUGGAUUCGGCUCUAGAUUUGCACUUGCCAUUUUGCAGCUGAUGCGUGAUAUUUGUUGGUGUUUGCAUCUUCUUAUUUGAUUUAUUUUCCUUAGCCCAGCGCAUUGCUUAUUAUUUUUAU